AUGGGUAAAAAGAGGAGAAGAGAGGCUGCUGCAGCCGAAGAUGCAGCAGCAGCAGCAGGAGCUGCUGCUGCUGCUACAGGAAACGAUGGAGCAGCAACAGCAGCAGCAGCACGUCCAGGCGGCAUGUUGCUGCAGCGAAAAAUGCAGCGGCUAAUGCCUGCAACAGCAGCAGCAGCAGCAGCAGCAGAUCUACCUGAGUUAUCCCUACCUGUUAGAGGCGUAGAUGGUGUAUGGACAACCCCUACGCCGCAGCAGCAGCGAGCAAAAGAGCAGCAGCAGCAGCAGCAACAGCAGCAGCUGCAGCAGCUGCUGCUGAAGCGUGGAAAGGGUGACCGCAAGGAGAAACGAAAACAGCAGCAGCAGCAGCAGCAACAGCAACAGCAACAGCAGCAGGGACAGGUGGCACAGGGCACUACUGCUGCUGCUGCUGCUGACCCCCAGAGCAGCAGCAGCAGCAAGAAGAAGAAGAAGCAAGAAGAAGAGGAUGAGAUAAGUGCUGCUGCAUGGACAGCAGCACGUAGCUGCAAGACACUGCAGCAAAAGAAGCAAAUGAUAGCAGCAGCAGCAGCAAGAAUCAUGGCUGCCCCUGAGCAAGCAGCAGAAGAUAUAGAUAUUCUUUUUGCUUUUUGUCUGCAUAGUAGGUCUGCUGUUCGUGCUGCUGCUGCUGCUGCUGUUGCAGCAGCAGUAAAAGGAGAGACAGCAGAGCAGCAGCAAAUAAGGAAGACAAGAGUACAGGAGUUGCUGCAUGGGCAGCAACUCGCGCUGCUGUCUCUUGCUGCAGUACUGAGGGAUGUGCUGCCUAGUCAUAGAUUAACAGCAGCAGCAGCAGCAGAAGCAGCAGCAGCAGCAACAGCAGAUGCAGCAAGCAGCGGCAAUAAAUCUGCUGCUGUUAAGGCAUUUAGGUUAUCUAAGGAUGUAGAGAAGCAGCAGCAGCAGGAGCAGCAGCAAAUAAGGACAUACAAAAGAUUUGUUCGUUUGCUGCAGCAGGAGCUGCAGCCGCUGCUGCAGCGUAGACAAGGCAACAGCAGCAGCAGCAGCAACAACAACAACAUUAGCGAGCUCCUUGUUGCAGCAGCAGCAGCAAGAGCAGCAGCAGAAGUUCUUGAUGCUGUUCCUCUAUUUAACGAGACAGAUACAUCUUUGCUGCAGUUAUGUGUGAAGGUAGCAGCAGCAGCAGCAGCAGCAGCAGCAGAGAUACAGCAACAACAAGAGGAUGAUGGUAUAAUAUCUAAACAACUGCAGCAGCAGCUGCUGCUGCUGCAGCAAGCUAGCAGCAGCAUAACACACGUACUGCAGCAAAUAAUAAAAGGAGACAGAUGUCUCCAAACAGCAGCAGUAAUAAUAGAUCUAUGUGUUAAGCAUGCAACCCUUAUUGCCCUACAGCAGCAGCAGCAGCAGCAACAACAACAGCAGCAGCAGCAGCAGCAGCAGCAGCAGCAGAGGAAGCAUGCACGCUAUGGCCGUAGUGCUGCUGCUGCUGUCUUAGUCGACGUCGCCCUCCAUCUUAAUCUUAGACAAAAAAUUAGGGACGCAGAGGCGAAUCAGGUAGACCCUAAAUUAGAUGCUGCUCUUCGUAGAGAUCUUAGAGCAAGGGAAGCAGCAGCAACAAAUACAACUCUGCUGCUGCAGCUAGGGCCAGCAGCAGCAGUUGCUUGGGUCCUCGUGCCGUUGCUGCUUGCACGUAAACUCAGAAAUUCGCUGCAGACCGAUUGUAUCUGGGCUGCUGAGUCCAUAGCCAACUUGUUGGCUGCUGCUCUUCCUCAAUUUGCUGCUGGAGAGAGCGGCAAUAAAGGAGACGGAACAGCAGCAGCAGCAGCAGCAACAGGUCUGCUGCGUCUAGAGCGGGGCAGCAGCAAAUCCUUUUUUGGCACCUUCAGCAGCAUCAGCAAAGACGGCAGCAGCAGCAGCAACAGCAGCAGCAGCAGCAACAGCAGCAGCAGCAGCAGCAACAGCAACAGCAAGUUCGACACAGGGUUUGCGCACAAGCUGCUGCGAGCACUUGAGCUGCUGCAGCAGACACCGCAGCUGUGGGGCGGAGGAGGAGCGCAGCAGCAGCUGCAGCAGCAAGCGUUGCGUACAACAACAACAUCUAAGGGGGUUGCUGCAGUUCGUGUAGAUGAUGACUUCGGGUGUAUAGGCAGCAGCAGCAGAGGCAACACAGGCAGCAGCGCAUGCAUACAGGCGCUGCUGCCCCUAGGCAAUACUUUUCUUGCUGCUGCUCCUCUUGCUGAUCUAUCUAUCGGCCGGCAGAUUGUUCAAAGGCUGCUGCGGCUGCUGCAGCAAAUGCCGCGUCUGCGUGAUGCAGUUACACCUGAAGGAUCCAUGGAUUCAAACACGUCAUUUCACUACGUGCUGCUGCUGCUGACGGCCAGCUGCGACCCACAGACGAGCGACGCAGCCUUAGCAGCACUAGGCCUAGCACCGGAGCAGCAGCAGCAGCUGCUGCCGCAGCUAGAGCAGCAACCAAAGAGAAAGAAGCUGCUGGAUGAACAUACGGGUGCAGCAACAGAAGCAGCACGAACUGCAUGCAGCUGCUGCGGUGCAGCAGACUGCACCGCUAUGGACUUCUGCUGCUUUACUGCAGCAAACGAGCAGCAAAUGCUGCAGCAGCUAUUCAUGCAUGCGCCGCAGCCAGCAGCACUUAAGAGCGAACAAGCUGCAGCUCGUGCUGCUGCUGCAGGCGCAGCUAAAGCUGCACGAGCUCCUGCUGCUGCUGCUGCUGCUAAGAAUGCCCCAUCACAGGCCGCUGCAGCGGGUAACACUCACAAUCCACAGCAGCAGAAACAUCAGCAGCAGAAACAGCAGCACCAGAAACAGCAGCAGCAACAACAGCAGCAGAAACAGCAGCAGCAACAGCAGCAGCAACACCAGCAGCAACACCAGCAGAAGCAGGUGUUGCCGCAAAAGAAAGACGAGCAGCUUCAGCAACGCAACAAGCAGACACAGCCGCAGCAGCAGCAAACAGGAAACGCACAGAACAGCAGUAGCAGCAGCAGCAGCAGCAGCAAGGACUGCGCUUCAUUCCGCAGACGUCAGCGCAGGCGUGCUGCAGCAGCAGCUGCUGCUGGUGCGGCUGCUGCAGCAUCUACCCCUGCUGCCGCUGCUGCUGGAGGUGCCCCUACGGAAGCUGCUUCCAAUGGCCCUUCAGCUGCUGCAGCCGUACCUGCAGCAGCAGAUGCUGCAGCACCACCUGCAUCAGCAGCAGAUGCAGCAACAGCGAAUGCUGCAGCACCACCUGCAGCAGGAGAUGCUGCAGCACCGCCUGCAGCAGCAAAUGUUGAAACCGUGCCUGCAACAGGAGAUGCUGUAGCUGCGCCUGCAGCAGCAGAUGCUGCAGCUGCUCCUGCAGCAGCAGACGCUGUGGUUGUGCCUGCAGCAGCAGAUGCAGCAUCUGUGCCUGCAGCAGCAGAUACUGGAGCAGCAGACGCUGCAGCAGCACAUGCUGCAGCAGCAGAUGCCCCAGCUGUGCACCAAGAAGCGGAAGCUGCAGCUACCCCUGUUGCAGCAGCUGUUGCAGCAGCAAACACUGCAGCAGCAGAUAGCGUAGCAGCACAUACCGCAGCAGCAGAUGCUGCAGCAGCGGAUACUGCUGCAGCAAACCGUGUAUCUGUACCUGAAGCAGCAGAAGCUGCAACUGUGCAUGCAGCAGCAGCAGAUGCUGCACUAGUAACUACUGCAGCAGCAGACACCGCACCACCUACUGCUGCUGCUGCUGCAGACAUUGAACCAGUAACUCCUGCAGCAGCAGACACUGCAGCAGCAGCUACUGCAGCAGCAGAUACUGCAGCAGCAGCUACUGCAGCAGCAGAUGGUGCUGCGUCUAGUGUGUGCAGUAGCUGA